CUUACUGAAAUUUGUUCCGGGUGUGUCGCGAUUGAUUGCCAUCUCCAUACAUAAGACAAACAAUCACUUGGUGAUUCAGCCGAUGUAGUUUAUCGAGUCGACUGUUGUGAUUGUAACAAAGGCUACAUUGGCACGUCAGAACAGAAUCUUGUGAAAAGAAUGAAACAACAUGAAUCAGACCAGCAAUAUCGCAGAUCUAAUAAGAGUGCCUUAGCCAAUCAAGCCGUUCAACACGACCACACCUUUGAUUUCGACGACGUACAAGAUUUAGAAAGAGAACGUUUCCAUCACAACGUUGUUGACACAGUCGGUAGUGAUUGAACAAUAGUGACGGCGAUGGGGUCGGAGACUUGAAUGGAAUCACAUCGAGACUAUCGCAUUUUAAAAAUAUUGGAGUGACCGGGAUAUGGCUAUCGCCAAUUUUUCAAAGUCCGAUGAAGGAUUUCGGCUACGAUAUCUCCGACUAUAGAGAAAUUCAACCGGAGUACGGAACAAUGGAAGAUUUUGAACGAUUGGCACAGCGAUGCAAGGAAAUGGAUAUCAAGCUUAUUUUGGAUUUUGUACCAAAUCACAGCAGCGACCAACAUGAAUGGUUCCAGAAGUCAAUCAACCCAAAUCAUCCUGAAUACGAAAAAUAUAAAGAUUAUUACAUUUGGAACAAAGGGAAAUUAUUGGAAAAUGGCACAAGAGUACCACCAAGUAAUUGGCGUUCUGUUUUUCGUGGUAGCGCGUGGAAAUGGGCCGAAAGCAGACAAGCAUUCUAUUUACAUCAAUUCUUGGAAGAACAAGCGGACUUGAACUUCCGAAAUCCAAAAGUGAUCGAAGAAAUGAAUGAAGUGCUGCGAUUUUGGUUACGAAAAGGUGUAAGCGGAGUCAGAAUUGAUGCGGUGCCAUUUUUAUUUGAAGCAAAAGAAAACAGUGAGGGUUUAUAUGACGAUGAGGGAAUAAGCAGUGCCAACAAUGAUGAUCAAAGUUACGAGUAUUUAAAUCAUACUUUAACCUUUGAUGUGGACGAAAGUUUUGAUUUGGUAUAUCAAUGGCGUAAAAUUUUAGAUGAGCCAGAAUUUUCAAAUGAAACACGUGUUGGUAUGUCGGAAGGCUAUUCAUCAUUAGCAAAUACGAUGCGAUAUUAUGGAAGAGUGAACGAUAGUCAGAUCGUUGAAUACGGAACACAAAUUCCAUUCAAUUUUCAAUUAACAGCCACAAACAUGACCACAAGUGCUUCGGAAUUUAAGAAGAUUAUCAAAGAGUUCUUUGAUAAUAUGCCCAAAGGCAACCAAAUUCACGCGAACUGGUUGAUGGGAAAUCAUGAUACAAUGCGGAUUGCAUCGAAAUAUAAGCCAACACGUACAGAUCUAUUCAAUAUCUUGAUAAAAACACUACCUGGAAUAGCUAUCACCUACUAUGGCGAAGAGAUUGGAAUGACCAACCAAUACAUUUCAUGGAAUGAUACAAUUGAUCCAAGAGCAUGUCAAACCAAUCCAGACAUUUUUCAUGAGUAUUCACGUGAUCCGGAACGUACACCAAUGCAAUGGGACAGUAGUACAAACGCUGGAUUCAGUACAGCCAAUGAAACAUGGCUCCCUGUCGCCGAUAAUUACACUCUCAACAAUGUUGAACUUCAAGAAUCGCAGACUGUCAGUCAUUUGAAAGUAUUCAAGUCACUGAUAAAAUUACGAUCCAAUCCUACAAUGAAAUAUGCUGGCGUCGAAAUGGAAGUGAUCAAUGAUGAUGUGCUCGUGUAUAAAAGACAAAUGAACGACUCGAAAUCGAAUCGUGGUUUAGAUGACUCCGAUAUCAUAGUAGUGCUUUUGAAUUUUGGUACGCAGACGCAGAGUGUCAAACUUGAUAGCGUGUUCAAUGACACACUGCCACAAAAAAUGACGGUGAACAUUACCUCAAUACAAUCGACAUCGCUGGUCGUCGGGCAAGAGGUCAAUGUACAAAAUGUAGAUGUUCCACCCGAAGUCGGUGUUGUACUCAUCGGAAAACUUUCUCACGCAAAUGGCUCCUCCGCACAUAACUCAGCAAUUUUAGCUCUUAUUUGUUGUUUAUUGUUCUUCCGCCUUUUUGUUUAGAUUCUAUUAUUAUUAAUUACAUUCUAAAAUCCAUUAAUCCAACUAAUGCAAAAUCGAGCAAAUAAAAAC